CACCACCUUGUCGCACGGUUCGCGCGGCCAACUGUCAGGAUGUACCACCUCAUGAAAGGUCUCUACCUAUAUGCGACCAGCAAAGAAGAAUACUCCAUCCUUCUCCUUGGUCUUGACAACGCUGGCAAGACGACGCUCCUCGAACAGAUCAAAGCAAUCUUCUCCGCAUCCUUACAUCCCAAUCUGAAAACCGUACCUACCGUCGGGCAGAACGUCUCGACAAUCACCCUCCCUGAUCUUUAUCUCAAGAUCUGGGACGUCGGCGGACAGCACUCUCUGCGCGGCCUGUGGCAAAGUUACUACGCAUCAUGUCAUGCCAUAGUCUUCGUGAUCGAUAGCAGCGACGUCGGUGACGCCGACCUUGCCAAACUCGCAGAGAUACGACCAGACGAGGAGGUCGAUGGUCGCCUUCAGGAGUGCAGGAUGGUACUAGAGGACGUACUACAGAAUGAAGAUACCGAAGGGGUGCCGCUAUUAGUGCUGGCGAACAAGCAGGAUCGUGAGGAUUGCGUCGAAGUGGUGAGGAUAAAGGAGGGAUUGGUUAGGAAGGUCUUUGAGGGCGAAAAAGGAGGCAGUGUCCGGGACAGUCGCGUGCUACCUUGCAGCGCUCUGACAGGCACCGGUGUUAAAGAGGCAGUGGAUUGGUUGUGUAGCAGAGUGAAGUGGAAUAAGGAGGCCAGGCCACCCGUCAUGAGGUGAAGCUCGUUGCAGAUCGGAAGAGCAGCCGGCAUUGAACAGCUGGCUUUUAAGGACUUUGCACCGUUCAAGGUCAUUGCAUUGGGUUUUGGCGUUCGGGGCAAAGGUAGGGUAGCGGGCGUGAUUAUUCGGGUCGUUUACUGAUUAUUUAUCCUCAAUUGGCAUGCAAAGGCGUCAAGACAGAGGCAGAGCAACUUUUGGAUUGCAUUUAUUGCUCUAGAUACCCAGGAGGUUUUAUCAAAGUAUCACCGAAUUGAAGGUCUUUUGCUGAAGGGGUUUCUGCUU